AUGGCCUGGAUCCGGUCCACAAGCGGCCAAUUGGUUCCUGCCAUGCGGCAGUCGGAGCGCCCAACUAGUAAUGCCGCCCUGGCCUGGAUCCGGUCCGCAGGCGGCCGGUUCGUUCCCGUCAUGACGAGGCCGCCUCCUACAGCACCUCGUGCGCCGCUGGGCGCGUCAUCGCGGCCCGCGAGGGACCGCGUCAUCGACUUCGGCAAGUACAAGGGCCAAAUGCUGGGCACGCUGCCGCCGUCCUACCUGCGGUGGGUGGUGGCGGAGCUCGACUACGGGGAGGUCUGGGCGCGCCUGGCACGCGAGGUGCUCGACGACCCCGUCUACGUCGACCGGGUCGAGUGGGAGCACGCGCACCGCUUCCACCACGACGACUCCAAGUUCAACUACGUCUACGAUGACAACGGCGACGGGCCGCUCCAGGAGAUGGUCGAGCGCUUCGGCUGGGACCUCUCCGUCGAGGACGGCUGGGGCCGCCUCGACUUCCGCCUCCUCAGGACCUCCUACGGCGGCGGCAACAGAUCCCCCUGCGGCGGCAACGCCCUGUUGGAUAACGGGGCGGCUGGCCUGGACGGCCCGAUGGGGAAGAGGGACGAGAAGAGGGAGCGGAUGCGGACGAGGAGGGAGGAGCAGGUGAGGACGGCCAAACUGGACGUGCUCGGCAUGAACGCCGGCGCACCGAGGACGCCGAGGAAGGCCCGCAUUGGAGCGGCGGCAAAGAAGGACAUCCUGGGGCUGGGGCGCGGUGGCGAGAGGGCGGCGCCGGGGAAAGGCGGCGAGGGAGGUAGCCCGUUCCCCGGCCAGCAAGCAUUCCUCGACAAGGUCAGGAAGCUCAAGGGCGAUGAUAGCUAGCAC